AUGUUACUUUUGCAAAUACUCGUUAUAAGCUGCGUUGUGGUUGUAUCCACCUUCUCUAUACCAGUGCCCCUAGUAAGCAAGAGUGCUGAGGCUGCCAAAGACAUAAGCAAAAGUACCGCACAAAGUCACCCUGAUCUCGGUCAACUUGCAGACGAAGGUCAUGCCAUACCGAGAAAUAAGAAGCCAAGUGAAUUUGUGGAUAACAAACCGUCAGAAAUCGCUACUCUGAGUCCUGGGACAAGCUCGACCAAUAUAUCCUCUUCCAAGGAGGUCGCUCAAGUCGCGAAUGAGUCGAAGCAAGCAUCUGCCCUCAAGCGUCUUACUGGACUCAUCAUACCCGAUUCAUCUGAAGAAGCGUUCUGGCGUUAUGUCCCAGCAUCACUCAGUGGUGUGACAUGCUUUUCUCUUCACUAUCUGUUCCCUGGUCUUUUUGAAGCUCCAAACGAAGGCUUCCCUUUUUUUGGUGUAUUCCUUAGUGUCUUACCUGCUACUGCUCUUAAUCUUAUCCGUCCUUCUGACAAGACUGCCAAAUCGGUAUGGAACAAGAUUUGA